AUAAGAUCAACAUGCCUUUGCCUAGAGCUUUACUACAUCCAUCCUUGGAAGAGGAAAGGAAGAGACAUAAAAAGAAACGGCUGGUUCAAAGUCCAAAUUCUUAUUUUAUGGAUGUGAAAUGUCCAGGUUGCUACAAGAUUACCACGGUUUUCAGCCAUGCUGAGACAGUGGUUCUUUGUGUAUGUUGUUCACCAGUGCUGUGCCAGCCGACAGGAGGCAAGGCCAGACUCACAAAAGGGUGUUCUUUUAGAAGAAAGCAACACUAA